AUGGCAUCGCUUGCAUUCAGCAAUCUUGGUGACGAGCAAGAGGAAGCGAAGGAGCAGAUGAUCAGCAUGUAUUUCAGCACUGAGCUCUACAGUCGGAUUCAAUGGAAUAUGCUCUCGGGUAUGCAAGGUAACCACAUGUGGUUGAUCGCGAUGGCGACCUUGUAUGCCGGUGAAUGGCGCCAUUUGCAGAAGGAUACUUCUCAUUCAGCGGUGGCAAUUUUUGCACGUGCGCUGCGGAAGGAUCCGCAGGUGACGAUGCACGCCUUGGACGAGCUUCUUACUUACGCUUUGACUACGUCAGUCGAUGGUGGGUGUUCAGCUGCGUCAGAGGCUACAGCAGCUCCAGUGCCUGCUGCUCGUUCGAGGCCGGUAGAGCGUCCUGACCCUAGCGCAACUCAGCCAGAUUCAGGAACGGCAGGGGUGACUACAAGUGGUAAGGAUGCCCCACAGACGGAUGUAGAGAAGGCGUAA